AUGAAGCGUGAUAGCUUGUACUUUUUGGUUAGUUCCUUAGAUGAUGACUUUCAAAACAACAGGCACAAUCUCUAUUCUUCUAAGGUUACUCCACUUCCAAAGUCCCCAUACUACUACCACUCUCCACCCCCACCAUCACCCUCUCCUCCUCCCCCAUACUAUUAUAAAUCACCACCUCCACCUUCACCUUCCCCCCCUCCUCCAUACUACUAUAAAUCUCCACCACCGCCUUCACCAUCCCCACCUCCACCAUAUUAUUAUCAAUCCCCACCCCCCCCUAAAGAGCAUGUACACCCUCCCUACUACUACCACUCUCCACCCCCACCAUCACCCUCUCCUCCUCCCCCAUACUAUUAUAAGUCACCACCCCCACCUUCUCCAUCCCCUCCUCCUCCAUACUACUAUAAAUCUCCACCACCGCCUUCACCAUCCCCACCUCCACCAUACUAUUAUCAAUCACCACCUCCACCUAAAGAGCAUGUACACCCUCCCUACUACUACCACUCUCCACCUCCACCAUCCCCCUCUCCUCCUCCCCCCUACUAUUAUAAGUCACCACCCCCACCUUCUCCAUCCCCUCCUCCUCCAUACUAA